AUGUGCGAUGGAGAUGUUCCCUCAUCGGUCGAUCCAUUUGGUCUGUUUACUGGCUGUGAUUGGAGUAUCCCUGCCUCCUUUGCCGCUGAACUAAAGGAUGUUCAACUGGAGGUUCUGGACGUCCAUUGGCCGGCGGUUGCCAAGUUGCCAACAAACAUGCAGUUCACUACCCGCCUAUGA